AUGGAUAGCAACGAGGACGUGAGCAUCACGGAGCGCAAGUCCUCAAAGGCGCAACGCAUACUAGGAACCGACCUACCCUUCCCAAACGGCCGGUGGGACAAGCCGCAAAAGCCACGCCGAUCAAGCCUUCGAACUCCCGACGAAUCUUCACGGCAGCAACGAAGUAGCUUCCUGCCUUUUCCUUCGAGUGAAGCGGUUCCACCCCAGAAUCUCCGUGUUCGCGCUUCAUCGCCGUUGCUGGGCCACGAUUACCGAUCUCAAGAUUCUGCCCCUCCACUCCCGAAGCCUUCGAAAAAAGUCCACCCGUCCGGUUCUUCUUCCACAUUAUUUUCUUACUUUAGCUCGAAGGAGAAGGAGACGAACUCGAAAUCCGUCAAGUCCGGGAAGUCCGGGAAAUCGAAACCCACAACACCAAACCAUGCUAGUCUUCAGCCCAGAGUCCGCCACGAGCUACAGGCACAUCCCAAUGUGACAUAUCAACAUCAGCAAGCCCAAACACCGCCGAAGGAAUCUAAGCGAAAGCUUCGCCCGCCCAGAAUUGAUCUUUCUAUCCUUUUCCCGAAACCUCGAAACCCUGCCACUCAAAAUCACCUCUUGUCUCCUCAGCGAGUGACCAGCUCUCCCUCUCCUGUCUCCACCGUCGCUUCUGAUUGGCCUUCGAAUAGAGUUGACCGAGUGGAACGACUUUGUAGCACCUCUGCUGUGCGAAAGCUUCAGGUCGGAGAACCACUACCUCAACGGACCUCGGCUAUCCAACAUGAGGCUCCGAAGCCUCAGAAUGACCGGUCGGAUCUGUUGUCGAUUCCCGAGAUGAAAGAUGGCGAGUGGUCGCCACGUUGGGACAACCCAGAACGCACAGUCGGCACGAGUGAGAUUGAUCUUGCUCUGGACCGAUAUGCAGGACGCCGGUCCCCCUUCAGCCGCUCUAGUGUUUACACCGCCAGUCGGGAGCAGCUGCCUCAGGAGCAGCAACGUCCCACGGAAACGAUCCAGCAAAGGCGUACCCAUAGCCCCGUCAAUGGCAAACGCAAGGAUCUAUAUCUGUCUCCUAACUCCCAGCCUGAUGCAAGCCGGGGCCAGAACCGGAACCGCACCAAUAGCAACACAAACAGCACAAAGACAACAUUGACCAAGAAGAGCAGCAAGAGCACCUUGAAGAAUAAGGACUUGCAGAAGUCUAGUGUUCUCUGUCUUUCUUCGUCCGAAGACGAGGACUCCGACCGGGAUACGACGCCUACCGAGAACGCUACCGGCACCAGAAACAAGAAUUUCAGGGACAGCGUGGCUACCUAUGGCGACUACGAGCCUGAGAUCUAUACUGCCUCAACUGCUCACGCCACAGUCGGCACACCGACAUUGAAGAGGGUCGACCGAGAUCGAGCACCUUCUACCAGCAGCCGUGGAUCCAGCCAAGUAUCUAGCCGCAGAUCUAGCUACAUUCCUCCCAUUCCUCAGACGCGCAGACAUACUUCCAAUCCGUCCAGCAACACGCCGCCUGCUGUGGCCCAGCGAAUGUCUAACCAGCCUCACCGGAAAACCAAAGUUCCUCUCAUUGCCGAGCCGGAUAUUUUGAACCAGUUCCCGCAGUCGCGCACGCGCACGCCAGAGGAGCUGAAGAAGCUGAAGGAAAUGAAUCGGAGAAGCCGAGUCAUUGCAGUGACUCGGCAAGAGCAGGAUCUUUUGGAGGCGAUGCGAGUUCGUAAGGGCAAGAUCACACCGAGUAUCUUUCAAAAUAACGGCUCUCAAGCCGACCGCAACUCGGUGAUAUCUGGUCCGUCGCGGGAUUCAUUCUGUGGUUCGGAUACAUCUUUCCUGCGUCUCAGUGCAGCCUACCCGCCUUUCAACGCCCAGUCAGAACAAGGUGCAUCCCACAUGGACAAGCAUGGUUCUUCCUCGCAGAGUUCUGGUUCUGAUACUGAACAGAAAACUGGUAACUCGAUUGCCUCUCCCCGUUUCAGUAUGGGCUACUCCGAGAGCCUUCCGUCACCCGCUACCAGCGGUGCCUCCCCCCUUACGCCAACCCUCCCCAUCCAUCGCUUCUCUCCGCUGCCAUCCCCGAAGCCCCCGCCUCGCGGCCCGCCCCCGGCCAUCCCAGAGGACCAGAAGCAGCACAUUCGCCGUCGCACCGACAGCAGCGAAGCUAUCAUGCUUAACGAUAACGGCGAGCAGCGCAAGCACGAUCUUCCUCUUUGGUCGUUUGACUUUGAUUGGAAUCAAGACCGGACUAGCGUGACUGCCGUGCAUUAA